ACCACCCCUGUGUCCUGUGAAGCCUCCAAGACCGAUGACAAAAGGUUGACCGGUAUACGCUGAUGGAUUGACGUAUUUUUAAUGCUCGCAAGUAACGUGUUUGUAUUUGUGUAUUACUGAUUUAGGAUGAUGCAUAUACGGGGCAUUCUUCAAAGCCACGGCUUUGUCUUUUUCUUUGUCUUGGUGGUGCACUACGCACACGGAGACUUGAGCUAUUCUGUCCAGGAGGAGCUCAAGCGCGGAUCUGUUAUUGGAAAUGUCGCCAAGGAUCUUGGACUGGAGGUGGGCAGACUGUCGGCUCGCAAAGCUCGUGUUGACUUGGAGGGAAACGACAGACAGUACUGCGGGAUUAACCUACGGAGCGGGGAUUUAGUCGUUGCGGAAAGAAUCGACAGAGAGGAGCACUGUGGUGAAAAGCCUUCGUGUGUACUUAGAUUUGACUUGCUAUUAGAGAAUCCGUUGGAGUUACACCGGUUGUCCCUGCAAGUGCAGGACGUGAACGACAAUGCACCGAUAUUCCCGAAGGAUAUGAUUAAACUGGAAAUAACAGAGUCAGCUGACAAAGGAGCUAGAUAUCGCAUCAAUGCAGCACACGAUGCAGAUAUUGGCAAGAACUCAGUUCAAAGCUACAUUUUACAACAAAACCCCUACUUUGUGUUCAAUAUUCAGACUACAAGUGCUGGCAGUAAAUACGGUGAGUUGGUUUUAGAUAAGGAGUUAGACCGAGAGGAGCAGCAGGAAAUGAAAUUACUGCUCACGGCUGUGGAUGGCGGCUCUCCGCAGAGAUCCGGGACUGUAGUCAUACACGUCAUUGUACUCGAUGCUAAUGAUAACGCCCCAGUGUUUACUGAGGCCGUAUAUACAGCCACGUUACCCGAAAACUCGCCUAUGAAAACCCCAGUUAUUACCGUAAGUGCAUCGGAUGCAGACGAAGGUGUCAACGGAGAGGUUACAUAUGAAUUUAGUCGAAUCUCUGAUAAAUCACGAAACCUUUUUUCGCUAGAUGAGAGAACUGGGGAAAUCGUUGUAACAGGCGAGAUAGAUUAUGAAGAGGGACCAAAAUAUGAGGUUUUCGUUGAGGCCAAGGAUGGUUAUGGUCUCUCCUCAGAAGCAAAGGUGAUUAUUGAUGUAACUGAUGUGAAUGACAAUGCCCCCAUGAUUUAUGUAAAAUCACUGACAAACCCCAUACCUGAGAACGUGUCACCUGGUACAGAGGUGGGCAUCAUUAACGUGCAGGACAGAGACUCUGAGACCAACCGAAAGGUCCGCUGCUCCAUUCAGCAAAACGUGCCUUUUAAGUUGGUUCCGUCUAUUAAAAACUAUUAUUCUCUGGUGAGCACAGGACAGCUGGACCGUGAAGUGGUGUCUGAUUACAACAUUACAAUCAGUGCCACUGACGAGGGCUCUCCACCUCUGUCCUCGUCUAAAACUGUUCAGUUAUCUGUAGCAGACAUCAACGACAACCCACCUGUGUUUGAGGAGCAGUCGUACAGCGCAUAUGUGAGUGAAAAUAACAAACAUGGCUCCACUUUAUGUUCCGUGAGUGCUCGAGACCCCGACUGGAGACAGAACGGUACAGUGAUUUAUUCUCUGUUGGCCGGUGAGGUGAACGGUGCCCCGGUGUCCUCCUACGUGUCUGUGAACGGAGACACGGGGGUGAUCCACGCUGUGAGGUCGUUUGAUUAUGAGCAGUUGAGGAGUUUUAAAGUCCACGUGAUGGCCCGAGACAACGGUUCUCCUCCUCUGAGCAGCAACGUGACCGUCAGUGUGUUCAUAUCGGAUGUGAAUGACAACUGUCCUCAGAUCCUGUACCCCGCCCCGGAGGGCAACUCGUUCAUGACCGAGCUGGUCCCCAAAGCUGCCCACGGAGGCUCUGUGGUGUCCAAAGUGAUCGCGGUGGACGCGGACUCCGGCCAGAACGCCUGGCUGUCCUAUCAUAUAGUGAAGUCCACUGAUCCGGGCCUUUUCACUAUUGGUGUCCACAGCGGAGAGAUCAGGACACAGCGGGACAUUUCUGAAUCUGACAGCAUGAAACAGAACCUUAUUGUGGCAGUGAAAGAUAACGGCCAGCCCUCUCUGUCUGCCACCUGUUCCAUGUAUUUACUGAUUUCUGACAACUUGGCUGAGGUGCCCGAACUGAAGGAUAUUUCUUACGAGGAGAAGAAUUCCAAACUGACGUCUUACCUUAUUAUCGCUCUGGUGUGUGUGUCCACGUUUUUUCUGACGUUCAUCAUCAUCAUCCUGGGUGUGAGGUUUUGUCGCAGGAGAAAGCCCAGACUGUUGUUUGAUGGAGCAGUCGCCAUCCCCGGCGCUUAUCUCCCUCCUAAUUACGCAGAUGUUGACGGCACAGGAACUUUGCGUAGCGCUUACAAUUAUGACGCAUAUCUGACGACAGGAUCAAGAACCAGUGACUUUAAGUUUGUGACGUCUUACAAUGACAACACGCUGCCUGCUGAGCAGACUCUGAGGAAAAGUCCAAGUGACUUUGCAGAAGUGUUUGGAGACUGUGACGGCUCUCCUGAGGUAGGAACACAUGUCGUAUCACCCAGCUCAUUGAAUACAAUGAUGAUGCCAUUUUUGUGUUUAUGGGUCUCUUCUGCAGUACCAUUCCUUUUGUUAUAAUGUGAUGACUUACCUGAUUUUGGAACAAGUGUAGUUUUGAUUCAUUUGCGUCUUUAAUGAUGAAGACGUUUUCAGUUAAAAUUUGUCAUGAGUGGUAUUUCUUGAGGAGAAAAAUGAAGGGACAGUCGCAAAUUUCAAAUAUUUAAUUUUCAAAUUUGUUUGGUAGUAGAAGAUCAUCACUUAAUUUUCUGGUCUUUGAUGUUUUGGUCUGAUGUGACUGUUUUCAUGUUACAUCUCCUUUAAAUAACAGUUUUGAGCUAAGAAGGUUUUUCGUCUUCGUGCAGACCUGCUCAACAGCUCCUAAGACAUGGAGGGUCUUGACUUAAAUGACCUUCUU